CAAAUUGGUCGCGGAAGUCUGUGGUUAACUGGGAGAGAUCGGUGGCAGGACGGCUGGCCUCUCGGACUGGGCGCUCUGAAUGCACGAGCUGGAGCGCCCAGAGGCGUCGACAUUUCUGGCUCGGCCUCCUUCAGCACCACCGCCUUCACCUCCUCCCACUCCACUUCGUCCUUGCCGUCGACUGAUUUCGACACAGAGUCGGCGUGGUCCUUGUCGCGCCGCGGCGGCGGCGGCGGCAUGACGCUGGCGAGCCUGAUCGGCCUCGUGGACGCCAUGGAGGGCCGGCGCCGCCCGAGCGCGAGGGCGGGCAGGAGCGGCAGGCUCAGAGCGCUUCUGCUCUCGCUCUGCCUCCGGAGCCACCUGGAGAACGGCGGCGGGGCGCCGUCACUCCGCGAGUUCCUCGAGAUGGAGAGGCGAGCCAGUGGCGCCACUAGCCAUGCCCACGGGCUCUGACUGGAGUUGAUUCACUUCGCUGGCACAAUGCAUAGCAAGUGGCGCGGGAAUAUAAUUUUCCUUUUUCUAAUGAGAAUGUUGUUUUCAUUUCCGAGGAUUAUGAUGAGAGUGGUUUGGUCUUCGUCUUCAGCUGAAAACCCGAUUGUACUUCAUCAGACAUCAGUGAUUAGUGAA